AUGGAAGUUGUUAUUAUUGAAAAUAUGAAUAACAGAGUCAUGAAGUGUCAACAUGGGGAGGCAAAUUUGUCCUUUUGGGAUGAAAAGAUGAGGGGUUGGUGGACUGGGUUGAAGAUCCCCCCUUAUAUUGGACCUGGGCCUAAGCAAGGUAAAUGUAGUAGGGAAACCUGUGUUUGGCAACCACCCAAGAAUGGAUGGUUCAAGCUUAACUUUGACGGUGCCUCUAGAGGUAACCCAAGACAGGAUGGUAUUGGGUGCUGUCUUUCCAACUCUAAUAGGAUCGAGGUGGCUCAGAGAGAAAAACCAGUAGGCAUUGAAAGCAAUAAUAAAGAAAAAUUUAUGGCUUUGGUAGAAGGGAUUGAAAUGUGCAAUGCAUCAGUUGUGGAGAAAUUGGUUGUUGAAGGGGACUCAACCAUUGCAAUCAAUGCUAUGAGAAAAGGAUCCAUUCUAAAUUGGAUGUUAGAUAUAUUGCUUAGCAGAGAUCUAAACUUGGGUAAGGCAUUCAAGAAGAUUAUAUUUAAUCACAUCUUCCAGGAGGGUAAUUCUAGAGCCGAUGAAUUAGCUAAUAUGGGAGCAGAUGGUGUCUACAUAGAAUAG